ACAGGUAACUCAGGUGAAGCCUCCUGCGCGCCUCUCAGAGAUCAGGACACAAAGCGCUCCGCUGCAGACAGUCAUGGCUCCCAGACCAGAAGUAGCCGGGGAUUCCUCCUCCUCUAUUGAUGAUAAAUCUCUAUCUAAAGAAGAGGGUCUCCCACCUUCUUACUCCACUCUGGUGCUGGUGAAGGAGAAUGAGAAUGAGAAUGAGGAGAGUGCGGCAGAUCCGUGGGAUCUCCCAGAGCUCAAAAACACUGGGGUCAAGUGGUCAGAGCUGGAUACGAAGGGAAAGAUUUUAAGAGUGCUGACUGCUCUUCUGAAGUUGGUUCUGCUGCUUGGACUUCUUUACAUGUUUAUUUGCUCCCUGGAUGUUCUCAGCUCUGCUUUCCAGCUAGUGGGAGGAAGAGCUGCAGGUGACAUCUUCAAGAACAGUGAAGUGUUGGCUAACCCUGUGGCUGGGCUGGUCAUCGGGGUUUUAGUCACAGUGCUUGUGCAGAGCUCCAGCACCUCCUCCUCCAUUGUGGUCAGCAUGGUCGCCUCUGGAUUGCUUGAAGUUCAAAUGGCUGUGCCCAUCAUCAUGGGAGCCAACAUUGGAACGUCUGUCACCAACACUAUCGUGGCAAUGAUGCAGGCAGGAGACCGAAAUGAGUUCCGCAGGGCAUUUGCCGGCGCUACAGUCCACGACUUCUUCAACUGGCUUUCUGUGCUGAUUCUUCUGCCGCUGGAAGCCGCCACUGGUGUUCUGUACAAACUCACCAAACUCAUCAUCGAUUCUUUUCAUCUCGAGUCGGGAGAAGAUGCCCCCGAACUGCUCAAGGUCAUCACAGACCCUCUCACAAAAUCCAUCAUCCAGCUGGACAAAUCUGUUAUCAGUGCAAUUGCCACUGGUGAUGCAGCUGGCAUGAACAAGAGUCUGAUCAAAAUAUGGUGCAAAACAGAAUCCAACACGACUUUCAGGAAUGAGACAGUGGACACCUGUCCACCGGGUGGCGUCUGCUGGGACGAAGGAAACCAGACCUGGACCCAGAUGAAUGAGUCUUUUACCAAUAACAUAGAGAGCUGCAAGCACCUCUUUGCCAAUACUACCUUGUCCGAGCUGGCUGUGGGCCUCAUUCUGCUGGCUGGGUCUCUGCUCGUCCUCUGCACCUGUCUCAUACUCAUCGUCAAGCUGCUCAACUCCAUGUUGAAGGGGCAGGUGGCUGUGAUGAUCAAGAAGGUUCUCAACACAGACCUACCCUUCCCCUUCACCUUCCUCAUGGGCUAUGUUGCAAUUAUGGUGGGAGCUGGGAUUACCUUCCUAGUUCAGAGUAGCUCUGUCUUCACCUCAGCCAUAACUCCUCUUGUUGGUAUUGGUGUCAUUAGCCUUGAGCGAGCAUAUCCUCUGACGCUGGGGUCAAAUAUUGGUACAACAACAACAUCUAUACUUGCUGCUAUGGCUAGUCCUGGAGAAACACUAGACAAUUCCCUGCAGAUUGCACUUUGCCAUUUCUUCUUCAACAUCUUUGGCAUCAUACUGUGGUACCCAAUCCCCUUCAUGCGGUUGCCCAUCAGGUUGGCCAGAGGGCUGGGAAACAUAACCGCCAAAUACCGCUGGUUUGCUAUUGUGUACCUCAUUCUGGUCUUCUUGAUUUUCCCCCUGACUGUAUUUGGCCUGUCGAUGGCUGGCUGGCAAGUCCUGGUUGGCGUCGGUUUGCCUUUUGUUGUUGUAAUUGUCAUUGCAAUUAUUAUCAAUGUGAUGCAGUCUCGCUGCCCACGCUUCCUGCCCAAGGUCCUCCGUAACUGGAACUUUUUGCCCCGGCCCCUGCACUCUUUGGCCCCGUGGGACGGCGUUAUUACCUCAGCUUCGAGCUUCUGCUGCAAACACUGCUGCUGCUGCUGCAAAUGCUGCAAGUGCUGCAAGCAAAAUGAGGAGGAUGAAGCAAUCAGCCGAGACAGGAAGCCAAGUCUGGAGAUCUAUGAUAACCCGGCCAUGUCUAAAGACGAGGACACAGACCAGGCCACGAUAGCAACACAUCUUUAAUAUUGUUAAGGCUCAUUUGUAUCUAUAUGCAAACCUAAAUGCAAUAAUGUAUACAUUUGUAAUUGUUCAUCACUUCUCAGGUUGUGAUAUGUUAUUGAUUCCCUUUUAAUGGAUGAUACACUGAGCACUGUAGUAAACGCUGGUGGAUGAACAGAAGUGUUGCACAUAUUAUGAACCUGCUGGUGCCGGGCAUGUGAUGCUUUUAAUGUCGGCUAUGACUUAACUAUGGAUGGUUCUGAAUGUUAUGAGUUAUUUUUAUAUUUUGUAAGAUAUGUGGAAGGAGCCUUUGGUUUUAUUUUCAACAUUUCAAUUUUAGAUGUUUAAUGUAGCAUUUUAAAGUGUACUGUUAUUAGUAAAUGUUAUGUUAUCCCCCAGUA